AUGUUCCCUGCAGUCGCUCUCCUCUCUCUCUCGUUCUUCGCCAUCGCGUACGGCCAGCAGGUCGGCACGCUUACUGCGGAGAGCCAUCCGAAGCUUUCGGUCCAGCAGUGCACCAGCAAGAACAACUGCCAGACCCAGCAGCGUUCGAUCGUCCUCGACUCCAACUGGCGCUGGCUGCACUCGACUAGCGGGAGCAACAAUUGCUACACCGGCAACACCUGGGACACAUCGCUCUGCCCCGACCCCACCACUUGCGCGAAGAACUGCGCGCUCGAUGGCGCCGACUACGCUGGCACCUACGGUAUCACCACCAGCGGUAACGCGCUCAGCCUCAAGUUCGUGACGCACGGCCAGUACUCGACCAACAUCGGCUCGCGCGUGUACCUCCUCGACGCGUCCGACGCAAAGUACCAGCAGUUCAACCUCAAGAACCAGGAGUUCACGUUCGACAUCGACAUGUCGAAGCUCCCGUGCGGCCUCAACGGCGCGCUCUACUUCGUCGAGAUGGACGCCGACGGCGGUUCCUCCCGCUUCGCCGCCAACAAGGCGGGCGCGAAGUACGGAACCGGUUACUGCGACACCCAGUGCCCGCAUGACAUCAAGUUCAUCAACGGCGAGGCCAACGUCCUCGGCUGGAAAGGCUCGGACAGCGACCCGAACGCCGGUAGCGGCCAGUACGGCUCGUGCUGCAACGAGAUGGACAUCUGGGAGGCGAACUCAAUGGGCGCGGCAGUCACGCCCCACGUCUGCUCCGUCCAGGGCCAGACGCGCUGCUCGGGCAACGACUGCGGCGACGGCGACAACCGCUACGGCGGCAUCUGCGACAAGGACGGCUGCGACUUCAACUCGUGGCGCAUGGGCGACCAGACGUUCCUCGGCCCGGGCAAGACCGUCAACACGAACUCGAAGUUCACGGUCGUCACGCAGUUCCUCACCAGCAACAACCAGACGUCCGGCACGCUCUCCGAGAUCCGCCGCCUGUACGUGCAGAACGGGAAGGUGAUCGCGAACUCGAAGACGGCCGUCGCGGGCAUGAGCGCGUACGACUCGAUCACGGACGCGUUCUGCAACGCGCAGAAGACGGCAUUCGGCGACACCAACUCGUUCGAGAAGCUCGGCGGCCUCCAGGCGAUGGGCGCGUCGUUCGACAAGGGCAUGACCCUCGUCAUGUCCAUCUGGGACGACCACGAUGCGCGGAUGCUCUGGCUCGACAGCGACUACCCCCUCAACAAGGACGCGUCCCAGCCCGGUAUCUCCCGCGGCCCUUGCGCGCAGACCUCCGGCCAGCCCACGGACGUCGAGUCUCAGAGCCCCGACGCGACCGUCGUCUUCUCCAACAUCAAGUACGGCCCGAUCGGCUCGACCUACUAA